CUAAAGAUGGUCAGUGACUCUACAGAUGUUACGUGAAUCAGGGACUUAAUACGUCAAGAAUACAGAGUGAGCACAGGAUGCCGCUAGGAGUAGCACAGACUCUCUCGCCAUGCUGAUGGACCAGGAGCCAGUGAGCUUAUUCUCCCCAUGGGCUUCAUACGAGCUUGGCACAUCUCUACUAAACAAACAGAGUUGUCGUUUAAGAACAGGAAGCUUAGAGAAGAACGGUGCAGUUGGAGGCAGGGCAGAUGGAGGAGGAGGAGGAGGUGGAAAUGGAGGAUUGGGAGGGAGUGGGCUAGUGGAUGCUCUCAUCUCCAGUGUACUGGAUGAAACUGACCAGCUGGGCCUUGCACAUCUACAGGACAAACCUGACAAGACUGUCAGCAAUAGCAACAGCAGUAUAGGAGGGGUAAGGACAAUGGGCCGUGAUAUUGGAGGAGAUGGCAUGUUGUGGGGCACAAGUCUCAGUAGAGGAAGUCACUCUGAUGAUUUCUACCCUCCAGCCCAUCCACAGAACCAGUCAGAUUUCAUUCACUACCUCUUUGACACAACUGGACAAGAUGAGGAGGUUGGCCUGCAAGGUAAUUAUGGGGAAUUCUUUCGGGAAAGAGAACUUAGUGGCAGCUCCAGAGACUCAGGUUAUGGCUCCUUCCUGGGGAUGGGAGGAACAGGCUCACCUCCUGGCAUGUCUUGUAGUAGUCAAGCUUCCAUCUGUGAUGUCCGAAAAGGUCCAAAUGAUUCUCUAGGCCUGCCUUCAAGCAGAGGCAUAAACCAUGACUUCGACCAACUGACCAGUGAAUUAAAUGCACAGAAAAACUUUUUGGAUAACUUGCAGAGACUCAACCAACUUAAUGGAGGCAGCUCACCAGGCUUAUCCCUUCUCCCUCCACUCAGUGAUCUUGAUCCACUCUUGCUAGGAGGUACAGAUCUUGGGGAUGCGACAACCUUGGGCCUCAGCCAACUCUUGCCCCCAACGCGAGACCUUCCACAUGAUUUCUUGCCCCCAUCUUCCACACCAACCUCAGGUGACCCCUUCUCCUUGUCCUCUCUUGGGGUGAAAUCUAGCCUCAGCUUGGAGGUUAUGCGAGGUCAGCCUUCUUCAUCAGGAACUGGUGUGUCUGUCCAGUCCCAGCAUCAGCCCAGCAGCCUGAGUCAGGCAGAAAAGAACCAGCAGAUGGUUAGUCUUCUUGGAGGAAUGAGCAUUCAUGAUAGUAUCUCACAUUCUAACAUGAACAACCUCACCAGCCAUUCUCUAGGAGCACUUGCAGCAUUAUGUACACCCAGUCUCUCUACUCAGUCACCUGGCCAGGCAAAUGCAUCCCAUAAUGGACAUUCUCUUGCAAAUCGACCUCAGUCCUCACCAAAGUAUUUGAACUCACAGCUCUCCAUAUCAGCCAAUGGAGACAUAUCUCCCAGCAUGAUGAGAAAAGAGGAGCGCACUAUAUGCGCCACAUCACAGAGUGGUCAGGGUUCCCCUUCAGAGUCAAGGAUGUCAGACCAACACACAGGACCAGGGAAGGAAGGUCUUGGGCACUGUGGACCUGUAGGACCCCCCCCAAAGGGUCCCUUUUUGGUUCCUCCUCCAACAUUCCCACCAAAUGACAGUGUUCCUCCAUGGGAAUUGCUGCCUCCACUUGGAGAUAUCUUUCCACCCCAUGGACCCCCUCCUCCACUACUGCCACCAAACACAGAUCUUCUGCCUCCGUUUGCAGAUCUUCCUCCCCAUCCUCUCCUCUCUGUGCCACCACCAUUAUUGGGAUUCAGACAUUUUAGGCGAACUGGAGGAAGUGGCGAACUGCACUCACGCCUUGAAGAAUGCUACGACCAAUUUCGACAGCUGGAGCGUGAAAGAAAAAAGACUGAAGCAGAACUGGCUCGAUGUUUUCCUGGCAAGCGUGUGUCUUCAGCGAACACUGUACCUCUCCCUCGCCUUCCUCCUUCUCCUUCACGAGUCGACCGUCUAAUCAUUGAUCACCUACGAGAACAUGCCAGGGUUGUCACUCUAGUGGGGAAGAUGGAGCGACUGCGAGGAUCACCUCUUCAGCCUGGGAUUCACCGAUCUGUUGCUGUCUGGCAUGAAGCAGUUACAAGUGUGCAGGAAAAGCGUCGUGAUGAAGUAGUCAAUGCUAUUACUCAGCGUCAUAACCCUCUCCCGAAUACGCAGAAUACUAGUGAACAAGAUUUGAUGGCAUUAGCUGCAGCAAUGGGAGGUUUAGUGAGUGCCAGCCGUGGAGCCCGAACAGCGAUGUUCUGUGCACUAACCCUGACCACACAUCACAGUGUUGAGCCCAGCCUUGCCACAGCAACAUCACUACCAGCUCACCUGGUCCCAACAACACACUCCUCAGGGGAUUCCUCAUCACCUGAUUCCAGUCUGGAACCACCUCAACAGUCUCCCUCCUCUGCUUCCUCUUCCUCUGUGUUCUUUAGCCCAACGGUAAGUGGGAGCUUAGAGUCUACCUCCACGGCAUCUUCUUCAAGUGGUGGUAAUGGUUUAGCUAAUAGUUCUGCACCAGUGACAGCAAAUGCUACUUUGGUCAAGGACCUUUCACCGCCAGCUGCGAGUGCCACAAGGUUCAUCUCUACUGCGAUGGUGCCUGUGUCUUCAGCAACCCCUUCCCCUCCAACUUCUUCUGUCAUGUAAGCCAACUGAAGGAUUAUGCCCAUCUAAUCUAAGCAAUUAAUUUGUUCUUUUGAAAUAUGAUUAUCUGUAUACAGUAAUGGAAUUACCCAUAUAUUUAUCUAGAAAUGUGUUAUGUACAAUGUGUAAUAAUGAUGAUUAAAGAAACUAAUAACAGGUACUUCAAUCAAAUAUACAUAUUUCAAUCAAACUGUUAUUAGAAUGCAGGAUUACUGUAUUAUAGCAGGGAGAUUAAAAGUCUGAGCCAUGAAAUUAUAUGAGUGUAGUAGGUUGAAAGAGUGUUCACAUUGCAGUUAGGCUAAGAGAUGCAAACAAAGGCUCUGUGAAGCUUUACUAGAAUCAUGAGUAACUUUUUACAAGCAAAAGUAUUUGAAGAUGCUCCUGUGUCCAUUUGUGAUAUAAAAAUGAAAGACAAACUGAAGGGAGAAAUCUUAGAUUUACAGUCCCUUUGUAGCCCAUGAUCCUUAUUGAUGUAUAACAUAUGUAACCUACACACACACACACACACACACGCACCUACACACACGCACGCACCUACACACACGCAUGCGCCUACACACAUACACACGCACCUACACACGCACGCACACACACACACACAAACACACCUACAUACAUCUACAUACAUCUACACAUGCACCAACACCUAUACAUACAUCAACACACAUACACAUAUACCUACCCACAUACACACAUACAUAUAUACACACAUACAUAUAUACACACAUACAUAUAUACACACAUACAUAUAUACACACAUACAUAUAUAUACACAUACAUAUAUACACACAUACAUAUAUACACACAUACAUAUAUACACACAUACAUAUAUACACACAUACAUAUAUACACACAUACAUAUAUACACACAUACAUAUAUACACACAUACAUAUAUACACAUACAUACAUACACACAUAUAUAUUCACAUACAUAUAUACACAUACAUAUAUACACAUACAUAUAUACACACACACAUACACACGCACAUGCACACGCACACGCACACAUUCAUACACGCACAAAUAUAUACAUGCAUGCAUACAUGCAUGUAUACAUACAUACAUACAUGCAUACAUACAUACAUACAUACAUACAUACAUACACACAUACAAACACACAUGCACACGCACAUGCACAUGCACACGCACACGCACACGCACACGCACACACACAUACACAUAUACACACAUACACAAACAAAAUCUCAUUCAGUAUAUUGUUACAGUCAUGAAUGGAUAGAAGCACAUUUUAUGGAUUAGAUUUCUUGUCAAGGAAAUACCAGUACCCAGCCUAACAUUUUAGGUCAGUGGAGUCUCCAAAUCAUGUCAAAGAGAAGCAAAAAUAAGUGUUUUGCUCUAUACUAAGUGUUUGUAAAGGAAAGUAAAUGAAUCUGAUAUUUUGAAGGCUGAAAUUUGAAAUAAAUUGAAUGAAUUAUUUGCUCCUGCUUUGUAAUUAUAUAAAGGCGCACAAGCAUCAGAAAUAUCUGAACUUAUAGAAGAGAUAACAUUGACCUAGAAAACUGCAAAUAACUGUGCCAACUAUAGCUCUUUGGCUCAAUUGGUAUUUGGCCCCAGAAUAUUUGUAUUUCUUGAGAAAAAAAAAGAAAAAAAAAGAAAAACAUUCUUUGGAUAUGGAAGCUUGCUAAUAGAAGUAGUUUUACUUUUGAAUCUUCCUUGUAAAUAAUCAUUGUGAUAUUGGAUAAGGAGGUUCGAGUCAGCUAUUAUAGGGAAUUUUAUUAAGAGAUUUUACAUGUAGCCAUAGAGACCACUCUUUCUCUCUUGAUACAAAGCAGUUUUAUGUAAGAAGGGUUUCAUUGAUAUUGCAGACAUCACAAAUCAUAUAUUGCAUAUGUGUUACAAUCAUCAGAGUUCCAAUUGUAUGGGGCUUCGUUGAAAUAAUAGGUCAUUGAAUGUAUUAGUGUCAAGUUUGUAUUUUAAUCAUCUGUCCACAUGUUAAUGAAUAACCUUCACAUCUUGUUGGGCUGGGUAGCUUACUCAAAACAACCUCUAGGGCACACAGAAACACAUUUAUGGGAAACUUCCCCAUGGGUCUGUGGAUAACUAAAUGGGAGAAUGGGGUUAUGGGCACAAUUAGACUUAAAGGCAGAUGCUGUUUUGAAGGGUGUCCACAGACCUAUUAUCUUUCAUAUAUUUUUGUCAGUCUUAUAGUGUAUACUUGACAUAAGCUUUGCCAGUGUUGCAGCAAUAACUAGGCUCGAGAGUCCCAGCAUGGGCUCAGCACUGUAAUGACAUGCGGAUCUAGUAAAUUUGUCUUAUUUUCUCAUGUGAUGCAGUGGAAGGCAUAAUUAAAAUUUAAAUUGAUUAUGUGAGGGAGUAAGUAGGUUCAGAUAUUGAUAUACUGACAAUAUCAGACUGUGCUCUGGGGAUACCCAAAGAAGUCCUCGAAGAAGUCUCUUGCAUUAUUUUCACAGUAGUGUGAUUCAUCAUGAAGGAAACUAAAUUAUGCCCAGUGGAGAAACCUUGAAAUACCAGUUUCCAUGUAUUACACUGUUGAUGAUAUGGGACAUACCUUUUAGGUAUUGCAAUUGGAAGAGGAAUUUGUUUAAUUACUUGUAUGCUAAUUAUUGAUAAUUUGAGUGCUGGUGCCCUGGGCUGGUGACGAGCAAAACUAGGCUUCUUCGGAAAGGGUUGUAGCUUAACUCACUGUGAUAACUAUUGCAUGGUAAUGUGAUUUCUGUAUUACUUAUUAAUCCUUUCAUAAUGGAGCUAAUCUCUGGAAGAGUAAAAAGAACAAAGAAUAUAUGUUCUGUCACCUUUCUCACCACCUCAUGGGCUGGCAAGGGAAACUACAGCCAUAUUGUCCAAAUGGUUUAGCCAUAAUGUUUCUUCAGAUUCACAACUUAAAGACCACUUGCACAUUAUGGCAGUGGUUGCCAUGCCAACUCCUCCUCCUCCUCCUCCUCCUUCUCCUUCUCCUCCUCCUCCUCCUCCUCCUCCUCCUCCUCCUCCUUCUUCUUCUUCUUCUUCUUCUUCUUCUUGAAGAAGCUUAGUGAUAAUGAUUAAUCAUCCCUUACAUACUUUAUCACAAAAGCAUGCAGUGCUUGCGUGUGACACUUCGUUAACUUCAAUUGUUCUGUGUGGAGAGAACGUGCCAAUGUUACUAUAGCUCCAUCAGUGAGUUUGCACUCUUCUCCCAUGUAUUGUUAUUCUGAAUGUACUGUAUUUGCAUCUUGAUUUUUAAAGGUAUUGUUUUUGUUUCAUUCCUGAAUAUUUGUUUUGAAUGAUGAACUAUGAUGAUCUGAGUUUAAAUGGUGUUCCAAGACUGUGGACAAGCCACUGAGGUUGAGCUUUGUGCUAUUUGUUGAUGUUCUAGUCUAUUACAGAUUUUUUUUUUUUUUUGCAGAGAGUAUUGCACUUGUUUUAUGUAUUACUCAAGCUAUUAUUUUCAUUUGGUGCAACAAAACUGCAUCAGGAAACACCAGUAAUACUAUUUCUUAGUAUAUAUACACACAAAGUGAAUGUAGUUGUUGCUUUAAGAAAGUUUGGAAUAGAUUUGCUUUAUAGGUAUUGUUUAUGGAAAACAUCCUGCUUAUUUUACAAGGUUGUUGAAUAUACAUAUAAUACAUAUUUUUUUUAGGGAGAAAGGGGACUAUGUUUCUUUUUGUUUCUUCAAGUGCCUCUUUAUUUUUACCCCCAUUCCUUUAUAUUUUCAGUUUCACUUUUCUCUUUUCUCUUGUGCUAAUCAUAGUAUUUGGAACUGUUGUCUUUAGUCUGGUAGGUUUUUGUGCCUUUCAUUCCCUAAUAAGUUCACAAAACAGUGGGACAUUGUCAGCCACUACAGGGGAACCUAGACCGAGUUCCUGCUGGUUCAUUGUAGGAUAACUUGACAACUUGCAGCAAGACCUGUACACGUUCACUGUGAGAAUGGCAUGUCGGGAGCUCCUCUUCUUGUUUGCAAUGUUCCAGAAGAGGAGCCCUCAUUCGGGUAUGGAAAUGCCUGCAUGUCAUGAUCAAGUUGCCUUUCUGUGCCUCACCCUUGGGGGGAUUCAUUAUUAUAUUGAGAUGGUACAUGAUGAGCAGUUGUCUGCAUCAUCACUGCAGUUAUUAUUUCUUGACAAAUUCUCUUCAGCAUUUUUGACUUGUUAUGCAUCUAAAUAAGAUGCAUCUAAAUAAGAUUUUGUAUGGAUAUUUGAAUUGUAACUUCCAUAGCCCCAGUAUUGUAUACAAAGGAGAAUAUAGUUAUCACAUGCUUAUAUUGUGUUUAGGAUUGGCAAAGAGCUGUAUAGAACCAUUGGUGAUGCUUUAAUACCAGCUGUGUUUUGCUGGGCCGAUGGUGCUGAUCCUUCAUACAUUUUGUAGAGAGUGUGAAAUAAGGUGUGGUUGGUAUAGAAAUCAUAUUUUAUUUAUUCAUGUAUUUUACUUUUUUAUCAGACUGAUGGGUAACAAAGUACACAUGUGAAUGAGAGAGGCUGGGAUGAUGAAGUCAGUCUGAUAAAGAAUUUUGUGUUUAGAUUAUUAGUAAGUAUUUUAUAUAGGGAUGUGAAGCAUUUCAAUGAACAGAUCCAUUUGAUUAUUGUAAACUAUACUUCAGAGGCAUUUGUAUUAUUGUAAUGCUGUAAAAAGAUCACAGUGGCUACCACUUCUCCUUUAUUGAGCAUUUGUGCACAUCUACAUGUGCAAAAAAAUAAAAGAAAAAAUACUAACAGAAAAGAGAAAGAGAACAAAACAUAAAA